UUGCCAUACCGUCCAAUCAGAGAGUACGUUGCUUUGUUGUCGUACGUGUGCUGACAGCGGAACUGAACAAUCCAGAGGGAGGUUAUCUGCUAGAAUCCAAGUCAACAAGAUGGAGGUGGAGCAGCUCCUGUCUCUGUCAGGUUCAGCCCUGGCCCAGGCUGUCAGCUCUCUGCUGGAGACCCCAGGCCUCUACGUUUUCUCUGGCAUCCUGGAGCUGCCUAAUGUCAGAGAGCUGGAGAACGGCCCCCAUGCACCAGUGUACCGGCUCCUGAACCUCUUUGCCUAUGGAACCUACUGCGACUAUAAAGAGAGAGCAGCUUCUCUUCCAGAGCUGACCCCAGCACAGAGAAACAAACUCCGUCAUCUGUCGAUCAUCAGUUUGGCUUCCAACCUCAAGUGCCUGCCAUACUCGCUGCUCCUUCAGCAGCUUGAGUUGAAGAACGUGCGAGAACUGGAGGACCUGUUGAUCGAGGCUGUUUACUGUGACAUCAUCCAGGGCAAACUAGACCAGAGGAACCAGCAGGUGGAGGUAGACUGCAGCGUAGGUCGUGACCUCGGCCCCAACGAGCUCCCAAACAUAAUCAACACACUGCAGGAGUGGUGUACAGGCUGUGAGGCAGUGCUGUGUGGUAUUGAGGAGCAGGUUUCAAGGGCAAACCAAUACAGAGAAAGCCAACUAAAGGUCAAAGUCCAAGUGGAAACAGAAGUCUCAAAUCUACAGAAAACGCUAAAGGCGAGCGCUGCUUCUCCAUCAUCAGGCCCCGCCCCCGCUGGUGCCGCCUCGAAUCAGGAUGCAGAUCAGCCAGCCGAGCCGCGAGACCCUGCUUCCUCUCAGGAACCACGGCAACCUGGCAAAAAAAGUUCAAAGGUGAAAGGGCUUCGUGGCAGUGGGAAGAUCUGGUCCAAAUCCAACUGAGGACAAGAGCCUGAGAUCUGGGGAAAGCGGCACUGAUGGACAUAUGCUAAUUAAUGGACACAUGGGCAAGUUGACGGACAGAUGAAUACAUUAAAUAAUGUGACUACUUUUCAUGGAUACCCUUUUCUCACAAUUUCGCAGUAAAACCACAAAGCUUCACUGGAGCUUUCCUCACAACCUUUAUGGAUUCAGAAACACACGCUUGGGUGGUGGAUAAAACACGUGUGACAUUCACUCUUGUUGUUGUCAAAAGCUUUACAGCCAGCCUGCAAUGUAAAUAAACAGAGCACUUGUAACACAUGAGGACAGAGUAGUCUGCAGCAGGAGUCAGUUGCCUUUAACCAGAAGCAGGUUCUCUGUAUUUGAUUCAAAUGUUUUUGUGUAUCUCUGUUCUUUAUCUUUAGACUGAUUCUGUGUUGCUUUGUAUUGUUUCUUUCUGCUGAGUUGAGAUUUGUACAAAAUCUGAAUAUAAAUUGUUGGGAAAUAAAGCAAAGCCCUGUACUUA